CUUUGUUGCAGCCCAUUCCAAACUACACUACCAACUCAUAGUCUCGAUUAAUAAAUUGUAAUAAUCUUACACUUGUGUUGUUACAGACCGCUUUAAAUUAAUUACCUCACUAAACGUUCUCUAGGGAUAACUGCACCUAACAUUUCACCACCACAAAAAUUACGUUAAAGCUAGAGAAAAACAUACUAGAGGUGAUAUGACUGAAUUGGCUGACAAGAAAUGUGAUGAAACACAAUUAAGUGAGAGAUCAGGUAUUUUUCAGCCUUUGGAUUAUUCGUUUCUGAAUAUAAAAAACGUAUCAGAUUUAACUGUGUGUUGUCCGAGAAUCAUACCUAGUAGCAAUUCGGUCAUUAAAAAGGAUAUAAAUGAAAAAUGGGUUACUCGUACUCUGAAAAUAAAUAACAACCAAAUAGAGGACAUUUCUACGCUACCUGUUGUGGUUCAUGAGCUUUUCGGAGACACGUCCAACUUAACGUGGUUAGAUAUAUCUUGUAACAACAUACCCAGUAUUCCAAAUUCUUUUAGUAGUCUUAAACACCUGAAAAUCAUCUAUAUGCAUGGAAAUAAAAUAGCAACACUCCAGGAAGUGAUAAAACUCAGACAGUUACCGAAGCUCACGAAACUUACGUUACAUGGGAACCCCAUCGAGAAGGAGAAGAACAUACGUCCCAACUCUCAUUGCGACAUCAUCAAGUCAAUUAUGUGGCUUUUGGCCAAGUAUCAUGAUACAUUUUCUAUGCUAAAAAUAGCCUCUUAUAAGCACUUAAGGGCUCGAAACAAGCCCUUGAAUUCCGUAGUACAAAUUCUUGUUGUGAAUGGUUUACAUAAGUGUGAAAUGAGGGAACUAAAAAUACAGUAAUUUGAGAGGGGCUGUGCUUUCCGUACUCUUGAGAAAUAGAGUAGGCAGGCUUAUCUUGAGGAAAAUCACAACAAAUUUGUUACAAUGUGGAGAUAACUCCUUUUGGCAUCAUAUAUACUGUGACGACGAUCAUGGUCAAAAGAAUCGUUCACUAAAACACACGCACGAUACAAACACUAAAAAUUGACAUUGCAGUUUGAGGAUUACAUGAUAGUAGAUAUGGACAUAGACUUCCUAAAAGUAUAAGAAGAAGAACAAACUAAAUUUCCUUUGCAUGUUUGCGAUGUGAUAUACGACUUGGAAAUUAUUAUUAAUAAAAUGGCAGUACUUUUUAUGAUCGGAGCAUCAUGUUUGCAGUGGUGAAGAAACCUUUAUUGGAAUCCGAUAAACCUUAGGAUUGUCAACAUUUUACAUGGUAAAUUUCAUUCAGUUCAAUGUUUUUUUCUUUCUGCAGG